CAGCUUCUGAGCCCUCAGUAAGCAGGAGGACGUUCCCUCAGCUGGGAGGCCCUUUUCUCAAAACACGUCCUGAGCGCCAGCUCUGUGCCAGAUCCCUGGACACCCUGAGCACCUUCCUGACCCAGAGGAGGAGGCCAGCAGCAUGCCCAGCUCUCAGCCCUGAGGCCACUGCAGGUCAUGAGGGUCCCCAAAGAGGUGACUUCUGAGCAGCCAACCACCAUGGGGAGGGGCCCUGCAGGUCCCCCAGGAGACUGUAGCCAAGGGGACCAGAUCCAGAGUGUGACCAUGAGCUCACCCACUGACCAGGAGCAAGUAGGCCCCAAGAAGUCUGAGGCAACCGUCAGAGGUGAUGUCGCUCCUCCCCCGAGCAUGGCUGGGCCAGCCAGUGAGACCCCUUCCAGCCAGAUGGCAACAGCAACAUACCCUACAGACCUGACCUUGCAGCUACUGGCUGUGCGGCGGAAGAGUGGACUGAGGAGCCCCAGCCUGCAGCAGGCCCUGCAGAGUCGACUCCGCCUGCUGGAGAACGACAGCAGAGAGGUGGCCCGUGUGCUUGGAGAACUGUCGGCCAGGCUGCUGUCCAUCCACAGUGACCAGGACCGGAUUGUGGUGACAUUUAAGACUUUUGAAGAAAUCUGGAAGUUUUCUACCUACCAUGCUCUGGGCUUCACACACCACUGUCUGGAGAACCUGCUGGUGGACCAGGCCUUCUGGCUGCUCUCACCCAGAGAGGAGGAGGAGACAGCCAUCCUCGUGUAUGUGAACAAGGAUGCCUUGAAGCAGACGCACGAAAACCUCCUUGCUCAGGAAGGGCCCUUCUUUGUCCUGUCUCCUGACCACCGAGUGAGAAUGACGAAAGGACCCCAGGACACAGGGAAAUGCUCUCGGGCUCUCAGGCAGGCUUCCAGGAGCCCUCUGGGAGAGGCAGCCCUGGAAACAGACUCCUUGCCCCCCAACCCCAGUGCAUCUGCUGAGGCAGCAGCAGUAGAGGCUGAGCCAGAGCUCUUGACUCCAUUUCACCAGUGGGCCCUCAAGGUCCCAUGGGACCCUGUCGAUGACUCCAUGGAUGGACCUGGAAUGCCUGAUGUCCCACUGUUGGGGUUUGGCCUGGCCUCUGCAGUGGCCGACUACCAGAGCUCAGGGCCUGAAGAGUUGUCCUUCUGCUUCGGUGAUGUCAUUGAGGUCCUUGGUGCCCAGGUGCCUGGCCUGCCCUGGUGUGUGGGCCGGCACGUGGCCUCUGGCCAGGUGGGCUUUGUGAGGACUGGCCUCGUCAGCAUGCAGGGCUCGGCAUCUGACCUGGAAAGUGUGAUUUUCCUCAGUGAGGAAGAAAGGUCUUUCUUCAGCAGUGAGGGCCGCUUCUCUGAUGAGGACGCCCGGCGGCUCCUGAGCAGGACGUCGGGUACAGAUGUAUGUACCACGUGCAGCCUGGACCAGUUAGAAGAAGCUGAACGGCUGGAGGCACGAGAAACAUCUCUGCCUCAUCUGAACCCAGAGCCGCAAGAGACCUUACGCAUGGUAAAGGAUGUUCUAGAACAAUGCAAGGCCUACUCUGGCUUCCCUGAGGAGCCAGUGUCCUGGAGCCUUGGGGCAGUGUCCCACAGAGUGAGCUCACCAGAACCUGAGGAGACCCCCUUCUGCCUGGAUCCCGAGGAUGACUGGACAGACCCCGAGGUGCUGGGCUCUCUGCUGCAGGUCCUAAAUGCCCCCGAGUAUGACACCCGCUUCCGAGGCCUGUAUGACAUCUCGCUGCCCUGGCUGAGUGCUGUGCUCUGUGGCUUUGAAGAUGAGGAGGAGCUGGCCAGGCACCUGGCUCAGGCCCGAGGGGUAGCAAAGAAAGUGGGCCUGGCCAUGACCCUGGCCAGGCUGUGCCUCCUGUUAGGGCGGCUGUGUGCCCGAAAGCUCAAGUUAUCCCAGGCCCGGGUAUACUUUGAGGAGGCUCUGGGGGCUCUGCGGGGCAGCUUUGGGGACCUCUCCCUGGUGGUGGCAGUGUACACCAGCCUGGCCACUGUGUACUUGAAGCAGAAGAACAGGGAGAAGUGUGUGCAGUUGGCACCCAAAGCUGCAGCCCUGCUCUUGGGGACACCAGGCCACGCGUGCAGCGCAGAAGUGGAGCUCCUUAAAUAUGCACUGCGCAGGGCCAUCUGCAGCCACAGCCCACAGGCAGAGGCCAGGGCCUGCUUCCUGCUGGCCAGACACCACAUCCACCUCAAGCAGCCGGAGGAGGCCUUGCCCUACCUGGAGAGACUGCUGCGUCUGCACAGGGACUCGGGGGCCCCACCUGCCUCGUGGCCCGAGGACUGUUACCUGCUCCUGGCAGACGUCUAUGGCCGAAAGUGCCUGCCCCACCUGGCACUGAGCUGCCUCAGGGUGGCCUCACUCUGGACCCAAGGCUCACUGGCUGGUUCCCUCAAGAGUGUGGACCUGGUGCUCCGGAACGCCCCUGAGCCGUAUAGCCAGAGGAGGACUACCCAUGGCCUCCCCUCUCAGAUUGCCCACUACCUCAGGCAGGCAUUGGCCUCCUUGGCUCCAGGCAUGGGGCAGGCCCUGUGUGGGCCCAUCUAUGCCAGCCUGGCCCAGCUGUACAGCCACCACCAGCAGCAUGAACAGGCCAUUGCCUUUAUGGUUCAGGCCACAGAAGCUGACACUGCGGCCGGUGUCCGCCCUGUCGUGGACCGUUUGGUGGCCCUUGCCUGGCUUCACAUGCUUCAUGGACAGAGCCUGGUGGCCCUGGACAUCCUGGAGUCCAUCUCAGAUGCAGCCGUGGCCAGGAAGGACCAGGAGUGUGUGAUCACCAACAUGGUAGCCAUGGCCCUGAAGAGAACAGGCAGGACCCGGCAGGCGGCAGAAGGCUACUUCCAAGCUCUGCACAUGGCCCGCAGUCAGGGCCAUCUACAGAACCAGGCAGUGGUCCUGGCCAACUUUGGGGCCCUGUGCCUGCAAGCCGGUGCUGGCAGCCUGGGGAGGCACUACUUGCGGGAGGCCGUGGGGCUCUUCUCACAGAUGCCCAGUGGGCUAUGUGGCCCGGACUUCACCCAGGUGCUCCUGUGGCUGGGCCAGCUGUGCACGCACUCCUUCCCCCAGCAGGCCAAGUGCUACUAUGAAUGGGCCUUUCUGGUUGCUGUGGAAACAGACCACCUGGAGAGCCAGCUACAGGCUGUGCAAAAACUAUGCCACUUCUACAGCGAGGUCGUGCCCAACGAGGUGCGGUGUGUCGUCUACCACGAGUUCCAGCUCGCGCUGGCCCAAAGGGUGGCUGACAAGGUUCUGGAGGGACAGCUCCUGGAGGCUAUCAGCCAGCUCUACCUGUCGCUGGGCACCGAGCGGGCCUACAAAUCUGCUCUGGACUACACCAAGCGGAGCCUGGGGAUAUUCAUCGACCUUCAGAAGAAGGAGAAAGAGGCAUACGCCUGGCUACAGGCGGGGAAGAUCUACUACAUCCUGCACCAGAAUGAGCUGGUGGACCUGUACAUCCAGGUGGCACAGAAUGCAGCCUUGUACACCGGGGACCCCAAACUGGGGCUGGAGCUGUUUGAGGCAGCUGGGGACAUCUUCUUCAAUGGGACCUGGGAGAGAGAGAAAGCUGUGUCCUUCUACCGGGACCGGGCGCUGCCCCUAGCCGUGACUGUGGGGAACCAAGAGGCAGAACUGCGCCUGUGCAACAAGCUGGUAGCACUCCUGGCUGCACUGGAGGCACCUCAGGAGGGUCUGGAGUUCGCCCAUGAGGCCCUGGCACUCAGCAUCACCCUGGGUGACCGCCUGAAUGAGAGAGUGACCUACCAUCGGCUGGCUACUCUGCACCACCGGCUGGGUCACGGGGAGCUGGCCGAGCACUUCUACCUCAAGGCUCUGUCGCUCUGCAACUCACCCCUGGAGUUUGAUGAGGAGACCCUGUACUAUGUGAAAGUUUACCUGGUGUUGGGUGACAUCAUCUUCUAUGACCUGAAGGACCCUUUUGAUGCGGCUGGGUACUACCAGCUGGCAUUGGCAGCAGCCGUGGACCUGGGCCACAAGAAGGCACAACUGAAGAUCUACACACGCCUGGCCACCAUCUACCACCACUUCCUCAUGGACCGCGAGAUGUCCCUCUUCUUCUACCAGAAGGCGAGGACCUUCGCCUCAGAGCUGAACCUACGCAGGACCAACCUGGUACCCCAGCGACUCUGCGGCUGGGCAUCCUGGCUGGCUCCCAGCCACCCACCCUAACACUCCAAGUGGAGGUCUGUGUGAGAGAACCUCCCCUCUCCUAGGAGUGAAGACUGCUCAUUUUCUAGGGAGGGGAGGCUUGAAGAAGGGCCAAACAACAAUAAAUGUAUUUUA